AUGAAGAUUUUAUCUUGGAAUGUGAGGGGUAGUGGCAAUAAAGAGAAGCGGCGGGCAAUUAAGGAAACCAUUUGCAAAGUCAAUCCAGAUAUAAUUGUGCUUCAAGAGGUGAAAAAGGGUAUUAUAGAGAGGAGGUUCAUAGGAAGUAUUUGGAGAUCCAGAUUUAAAGCUUGGAUCUUUCAGCCGGCAAUUGGAAGAUCAGGGGGGACUUUAGUGGCUUGGGAUACUCGUAGUGUCUCUGUUACAGAUUCUUUAGUAGGGGAGUUCACCGUCUCCAUUCGCAUUGAAGCUGGGGGUAAGACCCCUUGGUGGUUUUCCGGUGUUUAUGGGCCAGUGGUUUAUGGUAAUCGGGAUAGUUUUUGGGAUGAGUUAGCAGGUUUGAGUGUCAUUUGUGGUACAUACUGGUGUUUGGGGGGAGAUUUUAAUGUGGUUAGGAGGGGAGAUGAGAAACUCAAUAGCGCUACCAUUACGAGAAGUAUGAAGAAUUUUGAUGCGCUAAUUAGAGAGAUGAAUUUGGUGGAUCCUAAGCUCCAUAAUGGUCGGUUCACUUGGACUAAUUUCAGACAGAGGCCUAUUUGUUGUAGGCUCGACAGAUUUUUAUUUUCGCCUACAUGGACAGAGUCUUAUCCUUUCAUUCGCCAGGAAGUGUUGGUUCGUAUUGUCUCUGACCAUUGUCCUAUUGUGUUGGACUCUAACCCUCCUUCGUGGGGACCCAGCCCGUUCAGAUUUGAUAAUUCCUGGCUUGAGCAUAAAGAUUUCAAGGCUCUUUGUCAGAAGUGGUGGAAUUCGUUUCCGUUGUUGGGGUGGCCGGGUUAUGGUUUCAUGGAAAAACUGUCCUCAGUUAAAGAUAAAGUUAAGGGGUGGAGCAAGGAAGUUUUUAGGGAAAGAUCUCUGAUCAAACAGUCCUUGGAAAAAAGAAUGUUUGAGUUUGAUAGAUUAGAGGAAGGUGGUCAGUGGAAUGAACAACUUCUUUUGGAACGUAGGAAGAUUAAGAAAGAAUGGCAGCAAGUUGUCUUUGAAGAGGAGAGAGGAGUUUGGUUUAAGUCGAAAUGUGAAUGGGCUAAACAAGGAGAUUCUAAUUCUAAGCUUUUCCAUAGUAUCCUGAGCGCUCGUAAAGCUAGGAAUUUCAUCUCCAGAAUUGAACUUGAGGAUGGGGCAGUCCUUGACAAAGAUGGGGACAUUGAAAAGGCAAUUGUAGAUUUUUUUUUCCAAGUUGUACUGUUCGGCCGGUAG